ACAUAAAAUGAAAACAGCUCAACUUCCGCCAAGUCAGACUUUGCGACAAGUCGUCAGAAGAAAUCGCCAGAGAGAGCAGGCCGAUGGCUCCCGUCGUCCAGCGUCAACUAACGCAACAUUAGAAACUGUUCUAAUUGUACUGCUGAUUAAUUUGAGUGGUGCUAUGUCUUCGGGAAUGACUGGACAAACACCGUGCCUUUCCAGUCGAUGGGAUAAGACAGCCCAACCGAAACAAAGUGUAGAUGUGAAGCAGCAGAGGAGUGGUGAAAAUGCAGCCCACUCUAUCUCUUUAUCAGGAGUUGUCAGCACUGCCGGUUCAAACAGCACCGUUUCACGGCCACCACAAACGGGAGAAAAGCCAGAACCUCAGGGCGGAGUUGAAAUGGCUGCGGCCAUGGCUGCUAAAAUAAAUGCCAUGUUAAUGGCAAAAGGAAAGCUAUUGACUCCUCCACCGUUACUCGCAAAGACCCUUCCAAGUGUGUCUGUGCCAACCACUACAGAAGAAAUGGUAGUCACAGAGGUUGACAUAAACGAUGUACCGCUAACUUGCAGGGACCUUCUUACUAAAGGCAAAACACAAGAGGAGAUCCGACAGUUUAGUGGAGCAAUCGUCUCAACGAAAGGUCAUUACAUGUCUGACGCCGAAAAGGGAAAAGCGGGACAAAGACCUUUGUAUUUGCAUGUCCAUGGAAAGAACCAUGGGCAGGUCAAUAAGGCUGUGCUGAGGAUAAAAGAGAUCAUCUCUGAAGACCUGUUGAGGGCCUCAGCAGCAUCAGGACAACAGAUGCCUGUAAUGCCUCCGCUCACACUCUACCCUCAGCCUCCUCGCCCUGUCAUUACCACACCCGUGCCACGGAUGCCCAACACAACCUCAGUGCCAGGACAUCGGCCUGCAGCUCCUCAUUCUGGGAGUUUUGUGCACACAAAGAUUUUUGUGGGUCUGGACCAGGCGUCACCCUCGUUCAACGUGAAUGAAAAGGUUGAGGGUCCAGGAGGUUCGUACCUGAGUCACAUCCAGGCAGAGACGGGGGCUCGUGUCUUUCUCAGGGGAAAAGGUUCUGGCUACAUCGAACAAGCAUCAAAACGAGAGUCUUUUGAGCCACUUUAUGUCUACAUCAGCCACCCAAAUUCAGCUGGAUUGGAGUCAGCGAAGAAACUCACUGAGAGUCUGCUGGAAACUGUAAGGGAUGAAAAUGCCCGUAUGGCGUCUAUGUACACAGCCACUGGCUCAACACAACCAUACGCAGCACAUGGAUUUCCACCUAAUAGCAAUUACUCUAGCCAGGGGUCCUGGUAUAACUACCCAGCAAAUGGGUAUGCUGGCGGCUAUUCAGCGUACUCAGGAGCCAGUGGUUAUUGGAGUAAUGCAAAUGGUCCCCCAAGUCAUUCUAACAUGUCGACAAACCCUCCAUCUUCUCAGGCAAUGGUUCAGUAUCCGGUGUGUCCUAGGAAACCGCAUCCUUAUCUCGUCCAGCAUCCUGGCAGCAGUGAGACAGUGGCGCCUGAAGGAUCUUUAAGCACCCCACCUGACCCAGGAAGUCCCAGACGUCAUUUCCAGGAGGGGUCUCGGGAAGAACAGCCUACUAGCAAAUCUCCAGAGGGGCCUGCUCAACAAGAGUCUGCACUUCCUGCCUCGAGUGUUGGAGAAGAGAAAGUAGUAGAAAGGAUUCUGAUGCCCCCACCGCCACCCUUCUUUGUGGCUCCUGCACCUGUUGCACGCAAAAGACCGAGAGACACGGUGGCAGAAGAUCCAGUCAGUCUGCCUGGCAUUGCUGCCUCAAUGGGUAUGCAUUUCUUUAUCACAACGUUUACUGAGAGCCUGAGUACUCAGACAUGUGUAUUGCAUGACAUGGCAUCUCCCCCCCCAUGCCAACGGGGGAGGAGUGGAGACCUAUAUGAAUCUCUCCACUGGUAGAUCCCACUAACACACUCUUCUUGUAUAUGUUUUUUGUCUUUCCCUUGUUCUCUCUCUCAACAUGUGUACCUGGACCUGCGUCCCCUGGCUGUGGAUCAAACGAACUCAAAAACCACCGAUAACAUGGGGCUCCUCCAUGGGUUUUCUUUUCUCUCGCUAUGUCAUCAUCCCCCUCCCCCAUUUCCACCACAUUCUCUCUACUUUCCUGUCUCUCCAUUUUUAUUGUGCCCUAACAGGUGUCCAAGAGAAGCUGUGCGAAAAAAAGUCUAAAGUGGACGACUCAGGGCUUGUGCCCUAUGAAGGAGACUCCUCUGAUGAAGAGGAGGAGAGGACACACAGCAGUAAGACAGAUAACUCAUAACCCCUGCCCCAUCCCCAUUGUCCAGGAAACCGACAGACCCAAAGUCUACAUUCAGUAAAUUAAUAUAGUUCUCAAACCCAAACCCCAAUUAAAGGAAAAAUCCACCCUUGCAUUUUCAAACACUGUUUUAGGACUAUACCAGUGUUUUAGCCCAUUUACUUGAAAUAACAAAUACAGUGUUGCUGAGCACUUAACAAUCAAGCAGACUGUUUUCUAUUCAUCUCAAUAUGGCAUUUAAGGCCAAUUUAUGCUCCUGCUUUAAAUCAAAGCUGUGUUUACGUAUGUAGGUACCUUGACGUAGCCGGACGUGCACCUCCUUAAAAAUGUAGCUACGUGUCACGGCGACACAGACCACAACAACGUCACAUUUCCUGCGUCUCCUUCUCCAUAAACAUGAAAUCAAGGAGACAGUUGACUUUUCCUGCUACAGAUUCCCAAUUGUGGUCAGAAAGCACAGGGGAGACAUUUUGUUUCUCCCACUAUGCCUCUAGAAUUAGUACUCGCUCCAAAGAUAAUCACCGUCACUUUCUCACUCGCUCUAACGCACGCACGCUCUGCUAUUCUCUUAAAGAGAACAAACCAGACACCAAUGCACGUACAAGUGCAAGUAUAAAAGCUGUGCGCAGAGCCCCUGCAGAAGCAUAAAUCCAGCUUUAGGGACACAUGAUUGAAAUUUCUGGUAUGACUUUUAUGAACUGAAAUCCAUUUUAGGACUUAAAGACUGACGACCAAGCUUCAUACACAGUCAGGUUGACAAUCGGUUAUACAGUGUUAAUGUAAAGAUUUCUUGUAGUAAACAGCUAAAGAUGCAAAAAACACUGGUAUGGUCUUUGAAAUAUUACCACUUUCUGAUGUUUGGUGCUUUCCUGAACUCUUAAGGAAGAAAGGUUUAAAUUGUCUUGUCCUGUUGUAGGUUUUGCUUUGUGUAUUUCCGUUUCAGUUAGUAUUUUUAUUUUUCUCCCAGAAUGCCUUUCUGUGAACACUCACACAAUGGGUGUGACCCUGUUGGUUUCAGUCAAAGGUGGGCAUAUUUAAAUGGCAUGCCCAACUUUAUAGCAACUGUAAAUAUUGAUAAUCUGCCAACUCAAUUCAUUGUCAUUGUGCAUAUGUUUGUAGCCACAUGUCUUAAAAUGCAGCACAUCUUGUGGCUUCAUGCUCAUUAGGGAAGUUUUUAAAAAAUACAAGUCCUUUGCAGUGUCUUUCUUCCUUGUGUUAUUUCUGUCUUUGUAGAUUUUUUAAUUUUUUUUAUUCCAAGGUUCUCACUCUAAAAUGUGCACCAACCAGUUUCUUAAAUCCAGAGACAUUUUUAGUUGGCAAAAUAUAUUGCUAUUAAACAAAAUAUUCACGUUUUACAGUGGAAGUAUUCAAGGUGGAUUUUUCCUUUUUUAAAGAUGUGGAUACUUAACUAUAAAUAUAUUUUUAUUUCUUUAAACAAACAUCUUUUGUUAAUCCAAAACAAGCCCCUUAUUUCUUUUUUUAAUUUAAACACUUGGUCUGCUGCAAGUUACUGAUUCUAUAAGUACAUAUUGUAAAAUUCAGUUCAACUUUUUUCAUAUCUUGGAAAAUGGUGUAUGCCUGUUCCCAUGGAAUACUAUAAUAAAACACCUAAAAAC